AAGUUGUCCUCUGCAGCUCCGGGGAAGAGUAGCUCUCCCUGUUCUCUGAGGGAGGCGGGGGUGUGGAGUGGAGAGGCGGGGAGACAGGGCUGCCCGGAUCAGAAACAUCCUGCAGCAUCUCCGCAUCCGGAGGAAAAACACAUUUGUCUGGGCGAACUCCGGUGGAAAAGCGCCCCAGGCUGCCACAGCCUAGAGAUCUUGGGGCUGCAGCCCUCGCGGCCUGCCGAGGGAGCAGGGGGCGCCUGUGGAACUGGCUCCCUGCAGCUCUGCGGCUACACGCGGACCUUGGCUGUGUGCGAGGUGGCGGAGGAGGCUGGCCGGGUGCGAAUCCGUACCCAGCCCCAGCGUUUUCCACCUGCCCAGGACACAGCUCAGCCAUGGGCUACCAGAGGCAGGAGCCUGUCAUCCCGCCGCAGAGAGAUCUAGAUGACAGAGAAACCCUUGUUUCUGAACAUGAGUAUAAAGAGAAAACCUGUCAGUCUGCUGCUCUUUUUAAUGUUGUCAACUCGAUUAUAGGAUCUGGUAUAAUAGGAUUGCCUUAUUCAAUGAAGCAAGCUGGGUUUCCUUUGGGAAUAUUGCUUUUAUUCUGGGUUUCAUAUGUUACAGACUUUUCCCUUGUUUUAUUGAUAAAAGGAGGGGCCCUCUCUGGAACAGACACCUACCAGUCUUUGGUCAAUAAAACCUUUGGCUUUCCAGGGUAUCUGCUCCUCUCUGUUCUUCAGUUUUUGUAUCCUUUUACAGCAAUGAUAAGUUACAAUAUAAUAGCUGGAGAUACUUUGAGCAAAGUUUUUCAAAGAAUCCCAGGAGUUGAUCCUGAAAACGUGUUUAUUGGUCGCCACUUCAUUAUUGGACUUUCCACAGUUACCUUUACUCUGCCUUUAUCCUUGUACCGAAAUAUAGCAAAGCUUGGAAAGGUCUCCCUCAUCUCUACAGGUUUAACAACUCUGAUUCUUGGAAUUGUAAUGGCAAGGGCAAUUUCACUGAGUCCACACAUACCAAAAACAGAAGACGCUUGGGUAUUUGCAAAGCCCAAUGCCAUUCAAGCGGUCGGGGUUAUGUCUUUUGCAUUUAUUUGCCACCAUAACUCCUUCUUAGUUUAUAGUUCUUUAGAAGAACCCACAGUAGCUAAGUGGUCCCGCCUUAUCCAUAUGUCCAUCGUGAUCUCUGUAUUUAUCUGUAUAUUCUUUGCUACAUGUGGAUACUUGACAUUUACUGGCUUCACCCAAGGGGACUUAUUUGAAAAUUACUGCAGAAAUGAUGACCUGGUAACAUUUGGAAGAUUUUGUUAUGGUGUCACUGUCAUUUUGACAUACCCUAUGGAAUGCUUUGUGACAAGAGAGGUAAUUGCCAAUGUGUUUUUUGGUGGGAAUCUUUCGUCGGUUUUCCACAUUGUUGUAACAGUGAUGGUCAUCACUGUAGCCACGCUUGUGUCAUUGAUGAUUGAUUGCCUUGGGAUAGUUUUAGAACUCAAUGGUGUGCUCUGUGCAACUCCCCUCAUUUUUAUCAUUCCAUCAGCCUGUUAUCUGAAACUGUCUGAAGAACCAAGGACACACUCCGAUAAGAUUAUGUCUUGUGUCAUGCUUCCCAUUGGUGCUGUGGUGAUGGUUUUUGGAUUCGUCAUGGCUAUUACAAAUCCUCAAGACUGCACCCACGGGCAGGAAAUGUUCUACUGCUUUCCUGACAAUUUCUCUCUCACAAAUACCUCAGAGUCUCAUGUUCAGCAGACAACACAACUUUCUAUUUUAAAUAUUAGUAUCUUUCAAUGAGUUGACUGCUUUAAAAAAUAGGUAUGUUUUCAUAGACUUUAAAACACAUAACAUUUACACUUGCUUUAGUCUGUAUUUAUAUUAUAUAAAAUUAUUAUUUUGGCUUUUAUCAAGACUUGGCUUUUAUGACUAGUGCAAUAUAAAAGAUAAAGAAAAGAAAAAUUGAAUGUAUUUCACCUUUAACUGGAACAAAAUAAGUGUUUUGUUCUAACGACUGCACUACACUAAUGCUAAUUGAAGAAGGGAGAGUAAAGCCUUUAGCAUUUUCUGCCAUCCCCCUUUUAUUUAAUAUGCAAACCAGUAUAUUGUGCUCCAAAAUAAGUAGGUGAUUGUGGGUUGGAAUUUUGUGGAGAUGUCUUUUGGUGGGGGGUUGUGGGGGGUGGGCAUUUUCUUUGUCCUUAAAAGUCUGUGGAACUGAAGAGAAGGGAAACCCAAAACUAUUGAAAAGAAGACAUAUCUCAAGAACAAAGAGGAGCUCUCCAUUAUAAUUUCAGCAGCAUCCCUUGUUUAAAGGGAAGUGGAUCCCUGGAGAAAUGAGCAAAGACCUCUCCAUGUGAGGAAGCCUGAAUCAUAGACUGGCUGUGAGGAGCAAGGUGUGUAAAGAAUCAAAAUCACCUCCCAUUUUCUGAUGCUGUGGGAAUACAAUGGUAGCGCCAUUCUAAAACAGAAAAAAACAAAACAAAACAAAACAAAACAGUUGUUCUGUGGCAAGAACCUAAGAGAUUGGUGAUAUGGACCUGUUGAAUUUUUAGUGCUGUCAGGAAUGUACAACUGGAAGCUGAACUUUGAAACUAGAAACAUGUAGGAAGAAUCUGGGCUACAGAAGAAGCUUUCUCAGCCCACUGGGGGUUCCUCAGAGAGAUUUCUGGGAGAUCUUGUUGACUGGGUCUUUGGGAGCAGAUAGUGAGAUGGAGUUUAUCAUAACUAAUGGGAGAGAGGGGAAAGCAGGAUUGGUAGGGACAGGUAGAACUGCAAUGCAGGCUGACCUCAACCAAAUCCACAGGGAAGCUGGUGCAUACAUGACCUGUCAGAGUUGUCCCUGUUCAGGGGUAAUAGCCCGGUUUUGAUACUGCUGCCUCCAUCAGUCAUUGAAUGCGAGCAUGUGGAGAAGGAUGAGUUCUUGGGCUAGGCAGCUCUUUGCAGCAGAGCAAACCCUAAAGGAACUGAGAGCUGGAGGUGGUCUACUGAUAGCUUUGUCACCACAUGCUUCCUUACAGGGGUAUCUGGGAGACACAGCUGUGCCCACUACAGAUGCCCUCUGUUUACUGAGGACUGUUAAAUGAUUUUUUAAUGAGGAUUUUGUGUCUUUGUAUCUAUGACAAUCUUUAAAAAGUAACAUGAAAAUUUGGGGCCAUCUGGAUGGCUUCCUUAUAUCAAGUAUCACCUAAGAUUUCCAUUUCAUUUGUAUUCCAAUCAGGUUGUCCAUCUGUGGCACUAUAUUAAUUGUUGCCAAAUAACAAGAAACUAUCACAAGCAGAGUUAAUACAUAUAUGAUGAGUUUGUACAAAUCAAAUGCAAAAAAAAAAUCAUACAGGAAGUGUAUAAAGGGUAGGUUCACAGUAGUUUGAAUAAAGUGGCAAGAGCUGAGUCAUUGUGUGACUCAUAGUGAGAGAGGCCUGUUGAACACAAAGGGAGAUGCAUUUUAGCAGGUAGAACCAUGCUCAGAGUUUUAGUGGUGAUUUGUUUUUUCAAUAAAAUAUUAUCCUUACCACUAAAUUAAUUUAAAUUCUGUUGGGUAACUUUUCUGUAUUUAACUUAUGAAUUUGUUUUUUAUAGUUAAGGGUCAUAGGCUAAGCAGUUUGUGCAUGUUUUUAGAUUGGUGUCUGUUUAGGUAAAAUAUAAUAAAAAUGCUUUCAUUCCAUGUAAGAAAUGAGGAAACGUAAGAAAUUUUCGCCGCAGUCUGUCCUUACAUUGCUCAAGACUGAGAAACACUGACCUACAUAGUUAUUAAAUAAAGUCAUGAGGGAUGAGAUCUCUAAGCAUGUACAAAGAAAAGUAUGUCAAGGAUAACAUAAUUUAGCACGUAACCAUCUCUUAUCUUGUACUUUGGUGUUGCUUCAUACUCUUCAAGUAGAUGAAAGCUGCAAGUAGGAACUGAGCGCAGCAUUAGUACCUAAUAAAUAUGUAUUGGUUUAUUUGUUUUUAAUCAGCUGUAGAACAAGACUGCUUAUGACCCAGUUAUUAGCUGCAUGGAUUACCGACAUCUUUCAAAUUAUAAUUGAAUAAAUCUUCGGAACUCACAUUUAUUUUGCAAGAA